GGCGCACUGUCCCUGCCUCCAGUCCGACAUCCGGCGCCAAACCCGCCUGGGGAGCUGAGAGUACCGGCGGCCAUGGACGAGCUGUACCUGGAGAACAUCGACGAGCUGGUCACCGACCAGAAUAAAAUAGUGACUUACAAAUGGUUGAGCCAUACAUUGGGUGUUCAUGUUAACCAAGCAAAACAGAUGCUGUAUGACUAUGUCACACGGAAGAGGAAGGAGAAUCAGAGUGCCCAGGUGCACGUGACGUACCUACUAACAGGGAAGUCAAUUCAAAAUGGGUACCCUUACCACAAGGUGGCGGUGGUAAAGGAAGAGAAACUGGAAGCUAUGAAAGCCAAGCUCGCGGUGGUGGCUAAUGUUCACGUGUACAGCAUCCAGAAAGCCACUCUAAAGGACAGCGCCCCUCUUUUCAACACGGACUAUGAUAUCUUCAAGAAUAAUCUCCAGGACUGUAAUAAGUAUAGUGCCAUUCGAUGCGCAGAGGCUGUGCCAAGGUCCGCUGAGGUGAUGUCGCAGCUCCGGAAAGCACACAGCCAGCAGACUGAGGAAGCGCCUCAAGCUUCUGCUCCAACCAUCAAUGGGCAUAUCCCUCCGCCUGCUGCAAAAACUGCAUCUCAGCAGCCCAAGGGUAUCAUGGGCAUGUUCUCCCGUCCAGCUGCCAAAGCACAGGAAGCAAAUAAAGAACCGAAGACCGAAAACAAGGAACCAGCAGUUUCUACAGGAAGCAGCAAGUCCUCUGCUAAAGCAAACGCCAUGAAUAAUUUCUUUGGAAAAGCUUCUUUGAGCAAAAUCAAGGAAACCUCGUCCAUUAAUAAAUCCGUCAAACAAGAGGAAGAACCAGUGUCUCCGUCUACUGCUUCCUCCCAAGCUCCUGCCUCUUCACCUCCUCCAGAGCCACCUACAAAGAAAGGGACGUCAACUAAAGUUCCGACAAAGACCAAGAAAAGCAAGGGGAAAAGAGCUGAAAUCUCAGACAGUGAAGAGGAAGAAAACAAAUUGGUGAAAAAGAGAAGACGGAUUAAGCAGCCCAUGGCUGACAGCAGUGACGACGAAGAUGUUCCAGCUCCUCGUGAUGUGAAGACCCCUUCACCACCACCUGCUCCUGAGCCUGUUUUGAAAAUGGAAACGGAUACCCAGCCACAGGUACUGCCUGGAGGGAAAAGAAGAAAGCGCAAGCGUGUUUUAAAAUCGAAAACGUUUAUGGAUGAGGAAGGAUGUAUAGUGACAGAAAAAGUAUAUGAGAGUCAGUCUUGCACAGACAGUGAAGACGAGUUUGCCGUCUCGAAACCAGCAGGUACUUCAAAGCCAUUCACUCUAGGAACCGCAAAGCAAGAAGUGAAAACAGAAUCCAAACCACCCAAGAAGUCCUCUGUGGCCAAUAAAGGCACCAAGCAAGCCUCCAUCAUGGGAUUCUUUCAGAAGAAGUGAAGAUCCGAUGGUCUAUUUGUAAAAUUGAUUUCCGAGAAUCUUAAUGACUGGAGUGCGGGGAUUGUGGCAUAUUUCCGUCUGUUACUGGACAAGUCCUGUUUCACGACAGGAAAAAAUAUACAUAGAGUCGUUUUAAAUUGGAUAGAAGCCCUGAACAGCAUUUGAUCCUGAACUGAUUUUUGUUGAAUUGCAGAAGAAACAAAGAUGGCUGGUGUCCGAUGCAUAUAUAUUUUUAUAUAUAUAUAUACAUAAACUGAAAACCUGAGACUGGCAAAAUAGAUAUUGGGGAAAUUGCAACCCUGAAACUACAUACAAAUGUUGCAGUAACGCUUGUGAGCUAGUCCUGUUUUGUCUGGACAUUGUUGCCAUACAUGUGACAAUCGGAUUCUAAAUUCCAUCCUUUUCAUGCUCACAAUUUGUUUAUUCACAUGAACAUGAAUUAGCCAUUUUCUGCCUAUGUAAAAAGUGAGAGAAUAUAAGAUUUAGUUACCUUUAAUAUUCUUUGUGCCUUGGACCAUGAACUCUUAAAAGUACAGUCAUACACCAUGCAGACCUUAAUGGGCUAUUAUUUGUCUUUAAUUAGUGUUUUGCUCAUGUUGUAUCUUGAUGUUAUUUUAUCUGAAGUUGUCUCCUUGCCCAGUUUGUGAGAGAGCAAGAACAGCAGCGGCUGUAGCUUCUGUGAGCUUGACUUGUAGUUUAUGGGCCAUUUGUUGGUCCUUGCAUAAUU